UAGAAGAUCUUUGCUCUCUGGCAUUAUUCUCUUCCUAUUUUUAUUUCUGCAUUCCUGCCCAAACCCAAAAACCAGGAAGAUGAAAUACAUCAUUGGAAUAGGAGGCGUGACCAAUGGUGGGAAAACCACUCUGACCAAUAGACUUAUCAAAGCACUUCCAAACAGUUGUGUUGUCCAUCAAGAUGACUUUUUCAAGCCACAAGAUCAAAUAGAAGUCGGGGAAGACGGCUUUAAGCAAUGGGAUGUUCUGGAGUCCCUGGAUAUGGAAGCUAUGGUGAGCACCGUUCACGCAUGGAUGGAGAAUCCGGUGAAGUUUGCCCGAUCGCACGGAGUGACCAUUUCGCCAGGCAUGAAGGAGCCCAAUUCUGACGAUAUCCACAUACUGAUCGUUGAGGGCUUUCUGCUGUACAACUACAGACCGCUGAUUGACUUGUUUGACAAACUGUACUAUUUGGCAGUCCCGUAUGAAGAAUGCAAAUGGAGACGGAGUACGCGUAAAUAUACAGUUCCUGACCCCCCUGGUCUCUUCGAUGGCCAUGUCUGGCCCAUGUAUCUAAAACACAGGAAGGAAAUGGAGGCCAAUGAAGUUGAUGUCGUUUAUCUGGAUGGAUUAAAGUCCAGAGAUGACCUUUACAUGCAAGUGUUUGAAGAGAUACAGAACACGCUUCUAAAUGCUUCAUAGGGUCUGUGGAAAACUGGAAGAUCCUUGUACAAAUUUGAUGUAUAUACUAUAUUGGAUAUUAACAGAAAUGUGUAGGUUUAGACUUUCUGAUACUGUCCUUUGGAAAACAAAGCUUUGUAUAUAAUUGAAAGUUAAGGUAACUUAUUUACAAUUUGGCCCUGGACAGUUUUUUUUAAAGAAACCUUUUAUAUUUCAUUAGUUCAAAUGUAUUCUAGAUAUGCAUUUUUUUUUAUAAUGGAGCAUUUAGAUUCAGUG